CGACAAAGUACCCAAGGUAAGUAAGUCAAGGUCAAAGAGAAGGGUAAGGUUAGGUUAGGGGGAAACAAAACAAGCAUUCAAAAUCCCCGUUCAGUUCCCUUCCUCUCCAUUCGUUCCUUCCAUUCCACAGACGGCAAUUCUGCAAGGCGAAACCUGGGCAGAGAAAACUGACAAGGCGAGACCCCUGCUCACCUCACCCAUAGGUACUGAGGUGCUCACACCUCUCGUCCUGCACUCCAACAUCGGGCUUACUUCACUACGUUACUCCAAUUAUUAACCUACCUACCUACCUUCCGUGCUUUCUUUACCUCCACGUUCGUUCCUACCUCACCACCAUUGAACCCUGACUUCCCUUGCAAGGUCAGCAUCUUCACCUCAGAUCGCUGGGGGAAAGAAAGAAAGGGACUUUGGUGACCACUCGUUGUCUGCUGACGACCGGUUUCUCCUCGCCUUUUGACAGGUCAACGUCGCAGGCAUCUUACAAUCUCACUUCGCUUUUACCUUUUUCACAUCACUUUUUCUCCAACAGUCAUUCUCUCUCUCUCUCUUUGAUUAUCCAGACAAGCACUCAGACUGCGAGCCACUCAUAGGGGUAAGAGCGACCUUCCUCACCUGUCAUACGUGUGACCCGUCUUGAACACAAGCAACAGCCCCUCUUCCAUUUCCCAUUUCCCUACCUUACUACACUCAAAUUUACCUAGCUUCACUUCUCAUACCUCACAAAUUUCAUACUUGCCAGUCAGUGGACUCACAUGGAGUAACAAUCAUUUUGCAGCUUAGUCCCGAACGGCCAAACAGGAAUCAAUCACUUUCACCUACUACACAUUUCCUAGCACCUUCCCAACUCAGGAUCGCAAGACCGACCGAAGGAUCGAAAGAUCGCAGGACUAAAGAUCGCAAGACUGAAAGAUUCCAGAAGUACAGGAUCGCAAGACCACAAGGUUGCAAGAGAUCAGACCGAGUUACCACAACCAUUAUCAACACAAUGGAUCCUGACACAUCCAACUUCACCCACUCAGUCUCAACUGGACACGGCACAUCCAUCGGAAUAAGCGAUAACAUCCUCAUGACAUGGCCAACCACCUCAGUGAUGGGAGCUUUCGUUGUGGCUUGGCUCAUCUUGUGUGCCUCUGUGCGCUUCAGACGCAUCAACGCCCUGCAGAAACGCAUGGGUUACACUGACCGCGCUUCUCUUGCUGGCAUGAGCAACACCGAUGCUCAGCUCAUCCUUAAGCACCUCAUCGAAUAUGAGUUCCCCAAGUUCUACCUGCUUUCGCUCCAGUUUGCCAUCUUCAAGACCUAUGGCUUCGAGACCGUAUCCAAGCUCAUUGUCGCAACCAAGAAUUUGGCCGAUCCUGAGAACGCGCAGAAGAGAUAUGAGGACACCACCAUCAUCUUUGGCGAAUUUUCCAUGAACCCCCCCACUUCGGACCGCGCCCUCAAGGCCAUCUCUCGCAUGAACUUCCUCCACAGCAGCUACAAAGCCCGCAACCAAAUCUCCAAUGCCGACUUCCUGUACACCCUCGCCGUCUGCGUCACGGAGCCCAUCCACUUCAUGCGCUUCUACGAAUGGCACGAUCUCACCGAUAUGGAGGUCUGCGCCAUCGGCACCCACUGGAAGGCCAUUGGCGACGCCAUGGACAUUCAGUACAAGGGAUAUCUCACUCAGGACUCGUGGGCCGACGGUAUCGAAUUCGUCAACGACAUCACCGCCUGGGCCAAGCGCUACGAGAUCGAGGCUAUGAAACCCGCUGGCACCAACAUCCGCGCGGGCGCCCAGCUGACACGCAUGCUCCUCUGGCAUGUUCCGGGCUUUGCUAAGCCUUUUGCGAAAGAGGUAUUGACCGUUCUCAUGGGAGAACGCGUCCGUGACACUUUCUGCUUCCCGGAACCAGGCAUCGUCGCGUCUCUCACAGCCUACGCUGCCCUCGUCGUCCGCCGCUUCUUCGUCCGCUACUUCAUGCUUCCCCGCUUCUCCCCCGUCGUCUUCUUCUCCGAUCCGGACCCCAAGACCGGCCGCAUCCUGCACCACGACUACCUCGUCCACCCGUACUACAUCCCUGCCACCUUCUGGAACCGCUGGGGCCCCGUCGCGCUGAUCACCCGUCUCCUGGGAGGUACCGUCCCCGGCGCGGAGAAGAUGAUGCCGCACGGCUUCCUCGUCGAGGAUAUUGGUCCCAAGGAGAAGAUGGGCAAGGGUUCGGCCGAGUUGGCUGAGGGGGUUGAGAUGCUUCGCUGCCGUGGUCGCGGUGCCUGUCCCUUCUCGGGAUGAGUUGGUGGUAUAUGCCUAUGACAGACGGGAAUGAUGGAACACAAUAGGGUCUUCAAGGAGGAGUCAUACAAGCAUGAGAUAUUGCGGAAUCGAUGCCUCCGAGGAGGCUCAUGAACAGGCGUUUUGGUUUCUUCCGUGCAUCUGUGUGGACUGAGCUCAGGGACCUCGAGAUUCGAACCAGUUGGCGACCUAGAAGAUUCGCCGACACAUAGCCUCGUAUACCCAGGGUAUAAUACAUCCUCUUUUCAUUGAGCACUUAGACGGAAUCAUCUUUUCACCUUGUAUGAUUUUUUCUUUCAUCUCAUUGCCGUCACACAACCUCGACUACUAUUUUUCUUCGCCUGGGGGAAUCUGCUGCAUUUGGCCAUGCUAUCAUAAAUUCAUUACCUCCGCGCCCCAUGCUCCUCCUCCCUUUCGUCUCUCCGAAAGUUCUCUCCUUUUUUGAGUUAUUCUCUUCACGACCCGGCGAUCCCAAGGCCAACGCGGCCUUGCCCACCGCCGCCGCCGCCAUACGGUCCUACGCCGGCACUCAUACUCCCGCCCGAAUUCGUCCCGGUGCGCUCACGCAUCCUCCUACCCUCCAUGAGACCUCGCAAGCCUCGCUUCUGCAAGCCAAUGACGGAGCUGAGCUCGCCUCCCCAAACCUCGCGCAUACCACCGCGCUCCGAGUCGCCAAUCUCGGAGCUCCAUUCGGACCCGCUGACGCUUGUCGUGGCGCUGAGUUCGUCGCUGGACGGUCGACCGGAGGACAUUGCGGUGUUGAUACGGAGAGCCGCAGUGCGCGAGGAAAGUCCGUCUGCGCCGGCGCUGCCGUUCUGGGACUCUUCUGAGGGGAAGAGCGGAGAGCCCAUGGCGUCCAAGGGUACGAAGAAGUUGGGGUUCAGGGAGCCGUCGAUGCCACGGCCACCGCCGGCGGCCAUGGCGGUCGCGUUGAAGACGGCGGCUGCGUUUCUCGAGUCCAAGAGGGCGUGUAGGCGCUCGACUACUGCCUCGAGAAGCCCGUCGAUCCGGUAUGGGCGGGCGAUUUGCAAAAGUGAACAUAGGAUGGGAGGUGUGCACAAUGGCGAUGACGGAGGCGGCAGUGAGGACGUGUAGAGGAAGUGUAGGAGGGCCUGUACCGUGAGGUAGGUGUGAGGAAGGUACAAGCAUCGAGGCCGCGAGUUCGGUGGUAGAGACCUCGGGGUCGGGGCUGAGUUGACCGUGGCUGGAUCGACGCCGCCGGCCGAGCCCGGGAGGGAGAACGAGGCUGCUGAGGCGCUGGUCGGAGCUGUACUCGGGGCCUUUGCCGAUGAACCGGACGAGAGCACAGUACUGGCCAUGGACGUCGAGCUUUCGGCUGUGUUACGGGAUGGGGUGAUUGUGAGAGCGGAAUUUCUGAUGGGGUUGUUGACUCCAGAUCGAAGAGUCAUGGCAUCGCUACCAUCCUGAGUCGCCGUCCCUUCUCGCAACAGCUGCACAAAGUACGGGCCCCAUCGCCGUGCCACCAUCCUAGAAUUGAUGGGUAUCCGCUCUCCGUGUAGGCAGAGGAUGUCCAUGUCGGAAAGCUCUCGCAUCGCCAGUGCCUUUUCGCCAAGCUCCUCGGCCGCCCUAGAGUGGAACCGUCCUCCGGCUGUAGUUCCUGCUUUUCUAGCCAAACUUAAUCCCGGGCUAGUGUAAGGACUACUGGCUGAUACGAAGCCAGACAUGGGCGUCGUCUUUCUCGGGUUGUCGUAGAAUCCAAAUGCUUCCAGCUCGACCAUGCAAACAUUGGAAAAGUUGAUACGACGAUGGUUAUAAUCAUCGACGAGACUUCGUUUCCGGUUGCCAAGAAUCACAAAAGUGUUCCUGCGGUUCCAAAGUACACCGCGGUUCCAGCUGCCUUGGCUGAAGACAGCACCACCCGCAUCGAUCCGCGACCAGGUCAAUGUCUUGAGGUCAAGAGCCCAUAACGCAUACUCCUGCUUCGAAGACGUGAGGUAUGUGCCGCUUACGACAAAGUAGGUAUCGAUGACGCCGCCGUUCGGAAACCGCAGCCCGGGGGGCGAAUAAGAGCCCGACAUGGGUUUCUCCGUCAAGGUGCCGUCUGAAGAUCGGAUUUGUAGUUCGAGCUUGACGUCUAGGAAGUUGUAGUUUGAAUAGAUGAGCAUUGAGGAUCCAGGCUCCCGAGCUUCUUGGCUGAUGCCGCCCUCCCGUUGAUAUCCAUUCACGCUUGACUUUCCAAUUCGUGCCGUAACAGAGGGGGGCAAAGGAGCGACGACGCUUCUGUAAGCGCCGCAGCUCUUGUCGAGAGGUUCGACAGCGGUCCACUUGAGGCUGCGAAGGUUGAAAACACUAAUUUGCUCAAUGUAGUGGUUUGCGCCAUCCUGGCCACCAACCACCACCAUUUCAGCACCGCCGGUCCCAUCAAUGUUGAUCCCUAUCCUCCCUUCGUUGGGGUUGCCGGAUGAUGGAUUGUGCUGCAAUGCCGACAGUGGCGCCUUGUGCGAGGCGAACGAUGCUGACGAAGGCAAUAUGCAGGCGCAGUGGGCGUAACGUCCUUGCGGGGGAUCUUGGGUUGGAAUGUAGGUCCACUUUCGGGUGGGAACAUCGUAGAUGUAAAUGUCCGACAUGACGGUCACCUCUGGCUGCUGAUCCGGGCCGGCGUUCGCUUGAUUUGGUGUGGGAGACAUGCCUCCAUAACAUACCAGCUUAGUGUCUCCUAAUGGGCACAUGGAGUGGAAGUAUCGAGGCGGUGGUAUAUCGCCUGUGGUUUCCAGCUUCGACCAAUGCCUGCGGAUCAAGUCCAACUCGUACAGAUCGGAUGUCAGAGGAGCCGGGCGACUCCGCGACAGAAUUCUUCCUCCAAAAACAUAAAGUUUAUCCCCCAGUAUAGUUGUUGUAGCUCCGACGAGCGGAUGCGGUUCCCUGCCUGUUGUCCUAUGCACAUUGCACAUAAGUCCGGAUAGAUGCGCCGAGGAUGAGGACGCAGUGGGUGUACCAACCGCCGAAGCGGGUGUUCUUUGUUGGUUGGACGACUGGUUGGAAGAUGGAGACGGGCCUGCUGACAAGGGACCGUUGCUCCGCGGAGUCAAGUUCGGUGGUUCCCUAUUAUUAUUCUCGUCGGCUCCAUCUUGUCUCGAAGAGCUUGCUAAGCUACUCUGGCUGCUGGCCAUGUCGGCGUUGUAUCCUGAUCCGCCGCUGUACAUCUGAGCUCGUUCCGCUGAGGCGCUGGAGUCCAUCGUACUGGUACGACUGUACAUAUCAUCGGCCGGAGCUUCCUCGAUGGCACCGAGACCCCCCAAAUUGUAAUGUGCAGGAGGUGCUUCAGGCCCUGUAGGAGAAGGAAACGACGCUGGCGGUUCGGGUAGUGGUUUGGCGAGGCUGCUCUGUAGGCUCAGACUCCUCCCAUGCUGGAGCUGCUGGGUCGGGCGAUUUUUGGACGAGUUUGGAACGGGUGUCGGCGUCGAAGAGGUGGGGGGAGAGGGCGACGAGGUCAAGCUUGGCGAGACGCUGUGCAGACCCAAGCGAGAAAGUGACGGCUGUCUUGUCAGCCUCGAUUCGCCGUCUCGACUCGGGGCGAACUUUUUGAAGCCGCGAUAUACGCCCGAGAGGAUAUCUGAAGUCGUUUUGGUCGUAGGAGGAGAUCUGUCCUGCUCUGUCUCCGAAUCGGAAAAGCGCGAGAGAUCGCCUUGCGCGGAAGACUGGUUCGAGGUUAGUCCCGGGCCAGACAUUGCGACACAAUCAGCCCCCAGGCUGUGGAUACAGCCUGGAGAGCGAUGCGCAACAGAAACAGUCUCGGCGGGUUGAGAAAAAGAAAAGCGCUCAGAGGCUCAAAAUAGGAGGUUGAGUGGUUUUCAUGUAGGGCGGGAUUUGGGAACCGAGUCGGUCAAGCAGGGUGGGCUCGGGAGUAGAGAGGUAUUCGGCAGAAACUGCUGCUUCUGCGCCAGAUUGCCAAGGUCUGAUUCGGCGUCGAUACCACGGGAUUUGCAAUAGGCCAGAGCAAUCGCAAGGAAGUAGACAAGAAGAGUAGUCGCGGUAAAGAAGCGGUGGGGUGAGGAAGUGUAGAGGGUGGCCGGCUCGUUCUUGAGGUCCGAGGUGGUGAAGAAGUGAGGGCACACCGACACACGACAAAGCUAGAGCCAGAAGAAAGCCCAAGAAGCGGAAACCAAAGGUAAGAAAGGGAAAAUGCAGAAAAAUGAAAAUUGAGUAGAUGAUGAAGCGAACAGAGAGACCCCAGCUCAAGCAAUCCCAACCCAGGUUCGCUUGUUCAUCCGGCUCUGCUAGGCCCCUGGUAACUUAUGACGGGUAGGCUCCGGAUGAGUAUCUGUCUGGCUUUCACUCUGUGCGUGUUGUGCGUCUGUGUCUCCGGGGUGGAUUCCUGGACUAGAGCGGGCUCGGCUGGGAUUGGGACUGGGCUGGGCUGAGGGAGCGAGGCCUUGUCUGCUCCGUUCUUUUGUGCGUGUUUCCCUCUCACUUUCCCUCUCUCUUUCUCUCUUGUCCGUUAUUCCUCCCCACAGUUGACAGGAAGCGGCGCACAAGAGAUAGAGUGGGAUGUGGGCUAGGGUGUGGAGGACAAAUGGGCACAGGAUGUGGAUGGGGAUCUGGGAUGGGAUAGGAGGGGAAGGGGAGUGGACGAGAAGGGCAACGAAUUUGAAGUUUAUGGAGUACGAAGUACGAACGGUACGCACCUAGGACUAGGGGACGCGCAGGGACUCCAAGAAGUCGAUCGGGUCAAAAGUCAAUGAGUUGAGUUAAGUCGAGUUGAGUCGAGUCGGAAGCGAGGCGAAGUCUUGGGGGUUUAGAUUCAAGCGAGGGUGCUCGGCAGGCAGAGAAAAAGGACCAACGUCGAAGAACGAUAACGACGACGGAGACAGCGACCGGCGACAGCGACCGGCGACAGCGACCGGCGACAGCGACCGGCGACAGCGACCGGCGACAGCGAGGGCGACGGGGAUAGCGGUCUCGAGACGAUUCAGGUGCGGUGAGCAGCAAGAAUUGAGGGCCGUUCUCUGGUACGGUAGGGUAUCCGUACGCGGUACAGACGACAGAGAGCACUGUAUCUGUAGAGUCGCAACCAGGUAUCCGUAAGGGGGAUGUGUGUUGUAGGGUCACGACGGUUGUACCCAGCAGGCUUCAGCAAGUCAGUGCCGUGUGGAAGAGACCUGGCGCGCGUGAGGCAAAAGUGGAAAAGGCGACGGGACCGAAAAAAAGGGAUCCGCGUAAGUAUGGAGUCGAAGUCCGACGAUGAGGAGUAUUUCCAAGAGGGACUAGGAGCAGUAGUAGGGGCGGCGGCAACGGCCGGAGGACCACCAGCAAGGUUGCAAUCGUUAAUUUCCAGAUGCCUGCUCUUUUGGGCGAAGAAAGUGUCGAUGUAGGGACAAGCGUGUGCUGUAGGCGUCUUGGUUUUGACUUGUGCUUUUGGCACUGGGAAGAGUCGACGAGGUUGUGGAGGGGGGGCGUUCGUUUGGUUUUGGACGCACAGACUGACUUUGGGUAGACGGACCGGGCAGAGGGUUGAAAAGCAGCUUGAGCUCCGAGGCAGACGCGAGGGAAGAAGUGGGCUGAACGGCGGGUCGAACCUGUGAGGGCGAAGUAUCUUGAAGGUACUGCAAGUUCCGCAGACCGAUUCGAGCUUUGGGAAGAUGGAGGUGUGAAAGAACGCAGCAGGGGAAUGCGACUGUGACUGCGACUACUGCUGCUGCUGCUGGUGAUGCCGAUGCGUAAGGUAGGUAGGCUGGCGGGGACUAUGCGAGAUGUAUUCGUACAGACUGAGAGUACCUUAGGUAUGUAGUGUGUGUGUGUGUGAGGUGCAGCUUGCAGAAAGAGUUGAUGUGCCCCGGGCAGAGGUGGGAGCAACGAGAUAUGGGAUAUGAUGGACUGGACGGUUCCUCUGGAGCCUGUCUGGCCCAACUUGUAUUCGCAAGCUAGUCAAGAAUAGUGGAAGAGAGAGUGAGAGAGAGCGCGCGCCAGGCGAUGCGAGAUGCGAAACGAAACGAAGCAGAGACAAGGCGACGAGUGGAAGCAGGUAUUCGUGGUUGUACCGCAGUACCCGUACUCCGUAGUGUCGUGAGGUAGUGGACGGCGAUGUUUCAACGUGGGUGUCGUGGGUGUGCAGCGCAGUGCAGCGAGGUGCCCUCCCAGUUCUCAGGUGCCCGGUACCCGUACCUGCUGUGUAAGGUAUUCGUACGUGAGCAGACACCUAGCUUCACUGACAGUGGACGGCGUAGCGCGCUGACUUCACGGCUGGGCGGUCUGAGAGCUUCCAGGAGAGAGCAUGGGAAAUGGGGCUCGUGAUGGGGAUUUGGCGUGAUUGGGAUUGGUUUGUUA